GCAACGGUUAUCAUUUAUUGCAUAGAAUUCCAACUAAUCUCAGUACACUGUGCCACAUGGCUCCUAAGGCGGGCUUGCACGUUCCCCUGCGCAACCGGCGCACUCUAGAACCAACAAAAACCCUCUCGGACUCCAAACAUGUUCCCCUGCGUAACCGGCGCACUCUAGAACAAACAAAAACCCUCCCUAAGCCCAACGCUCUCUCUCUCUCGUAUCCCAAGUCAAGUCCCACCACACAGGCGCACAUACACAGAGUAAUACCCAUUCAAGACCCUUUUUGCAGUUUUCUCAUACUUGACCCUGAAAUGGCAGAGCACACCACCCACAGGCGCAUUUUAGCAGCUCAAGACGCCCAAUCACCCAUGGAUCCCCCGCCCAAACCCACCACUAAAGCCCUCCACAGCCGCCGCCGCCACCACCACCAUCCCCCAGUCCAAGGUUGCACUGAUGCCCCUCCUUCCUCCGUUCAGAACAUAUCCGACCGCUUCUCCAAACUCUACAUAACCCACAAGAAACUUGCUGAUAAUCGACCCAGCGGUGCGAAAUUACCUCCGCACCCUCAACCCGACCCACAAUUCGAUAAAAACUCCCUCCCUUCUCCGCCAUUUCCGGACACCCAUACCACCAAAUCAAACAGCCGCCAUGAGAGAAAUACGAGUGGUAAUCAGGCAGUGGUUAGAGUUGUUGACGAAAUCAAGAAGCCAUUGCCGUCCGAGAAACCCUCUCUUGAGAGUGAAAAAGUGGAGGAGAGAUUUGAACAAGGGGUAGAAGUGGUUAGGAGGGCAUCUGUGAAUGUUGGAGGGAUAAGAAAGUCAUUUGGCAGGCCAGGAGUGGAGCUGCACGACUUCUUCUCCUGCAGCGGGGUGAGAGUUGUAGCCGUCGAUAUGAAUCCGUACAUGCAGAUUCACGCCGUAGAUUGUGCAAGAAAGGCUCGUGAUAGCUUGGAGAAGUUCACCUCCAAGACUCUUGCUUCUACCAUAAAAAAGGAGUUUGAUGGGGUAUAUGGAGCUGCAUGGCACUGUAUAGUAGGCAGCAGUUUUGGGUCAUUUGUGACACACUCAGUGGGUGGCUUCAUUUAUUUUUGUAUGGAUCAAAAGUUAUAUAUCCUCUUGUUCAAGACUGCUGUUCAAAGGGCUGCAUGAAUUUCAAGCCUUAUUUUUGGGAAAUUAUAUGUAAUCUCUACAAUACUAAGAAAUUUUGCCAAGAAAACCAUUGGGACGAUAUUUUUCAUGCUUUUUUUUUUUCUUUUUCAUUUAACAAAAAAUUGUGUUUUUUGAUAAUUGGUUAUAGAAGAUUGGAUUUUUGUAGAAUUGAUAAUUGCUAUGACUUGAUGUACAUGUUAGAUAUCAUCGGACUCGUACC